AUGGUUGUCUAUACAGCUCGUGUGUAUACUGGCACCUACCAGUUCUCAGAGACUUUAGACAGGAUUUAUCUCACCUUGGUGGGCACCAAGGGCACCAGCCCUGAGACUCCGCUUGUCAAAUGGGGGCCGAACUUCUACAUCGGAGCAGUCAGCGAGUAUCCAAUUACCUGCUCCCAAGACCUGGGAGAUAUUUCGCUCAUCCAGAUCACCAAAAAAUAUAUCCUCACCCAAGACAGCUGGUACUGCAACUUUGUCAAGGUGACAUCCCCACAAGGCAAGACCUACAAUUUCCCAGUCUACCAAUGGAUCGAAAGCUCCAACACCAUGGAAUUCAGAGAGGGGAAAGGUAAGACCCCCAGUUUGGAGGCCCUCCCCCCGCUUCAGGACCACCGGAAGAAAGAACUGGAAGAAAGACAGGAAUCCUACAAGUGGAAGGAGUACGCCCCCGGAAUGCCUCACUGUCUGGAUGUCAACUCAGUUCUUGAUCUGGACACCAACUCCCAGUUUUCUUCCACCAAAGGCACUCUUUUUUUCACACGUGCCAUAGUGAUAGCAGUGGAACAGAGAUUGAAGGGAUUCUCUACUAGUGAAACAUCUUGGAAAUCCCUGGACAACAUCAAGAAUAUCUUCAGUUUCCACAGGAAAGACAGGAUAGAGUAUGUCAUAAACCACUGGAAGGAAGACGCCUUCUUUGGCUACCAGUUCUUGAAUGGAUUGAAUCCAACCGUCAUCCAGAAAUGCACAAAGAUCCCACCUAAUUUCUCUGUCACCCAAGAUAUGGUGGCCAGUUCCCUGGGCAGAGGCACAACCUUAGCGGAAGAGCUGACAAAAGGUAACAUCUACAUUGCCGACUACCAAAUUCUGGAUGGAAUCACCAAUAACAAGCCCCAGCAGUACAUCGCAGCCCCCCUCUGCCUGCUGCAUCUCACACCUGAGGAAGAGCUCAUGCCCCUUGCCAUCCAGCUCAGCCAGACUCCAGGCCCAGAGACCCCCAUCUUCCUGCCUAGUGACUCUGAAUGGGACUGGAUCCUGGCCAAGACCUGGGUGCGAAACUCCCACUUCCAUGUGCACCAGGCCGUGGCCCACCUGCUCCGGACACACCUGCUGGCAGAAGUCAUUGCUCUGGCAACCCUCCGCCACUUCCCCAUAUGCCACCCGCUCUUCAAGCUCUUGAUCCCUCACAUUCGCUACACCUUUAAAAUCAACACCUUGGCUCGGGAAACGCUCAUCAAUAAAGGUGGUGUCUUUGACCUGGCAACUGGUCUUGGGCAUGACGGCUUGGUCCAACUGUGCCAGAGGGGCCUGCAAGCCCUCACCUAUUCCUCCCUCUGCCUCCCAGAAGAUUUAGAAGAGCGCGAUGUGUCUUCGUUGCCCAAUUACUAUUACAGGGAUGAUGGUCUGGAGAUCUGGGCAGCUGUUGAAAGUUUCGUCUCCAGCAUUGUCGACUUCUACUAUUCAAAGGACGAAUCUGUGCAGGAGGAUUACGAACUGCAGGGCUGGAUACAAGAGAUCUUUGCAGAAGGUUUCCUGAGUCAAGAGUCUUCUGGAAUCCCAUCUUCAUUUGGUACGGUGAUGGAGCUCAAGAAAUUCCUGACAAUGGUGAUAUUUACCGUUUCUGCUCAGCACGCUGCUGUCAAUAAUGGGCAGUAUGGACACGGCGCCUGGAUGCCCAACUUCCCCUCCUCCAUGAGGAAGCCCCCACCUCGAUCCAAAGGCACGACACACCUGGAGAACUACCUGGAGACUUUGCCCAACAUCAACGCCACCUGCCAGAUCAUUGGCACCCUCUUUCUGCUUAGUUCCCCAUCAGGAGACUCGAUCGCUCUGGGGGAUUACCCCAAUGAGCUGUUCACAGAGGAGGAGCCGCAACAAUUCAUUCAAGACUUCCAGGACUGCUUGAACAGGAUCUCCAAGAAAAUUGAGAAGAGGAACAGCUCUCUCCCCAUUAGCUACCAUUAUCUGAACCCUCCCGAGAUAGAGAAUAGUGUUGCCAUCUGAGUAGGUUCUGCCUGGAAGGUGGCCCCACAAG